UUUACGGUAGAAGAAAUUGAACCCGAAGGCCCACGACACGCUGCAAUUUCAAAGAACGGAAGAAGGCGCUGGUCGAUCGAAGAGGGCCAAGCUCGAUUGCGAAGGGCGCAAGACGCAGRUUGAAGCUCGACUCCGUUUUCGACGCAUUCCAUGGCGCCGUUUUCGCAUGAUCGGCGAAGGCCGCAMCCUCUCUCGCAGCAGUUUUCCUGCAUCGAGCUGUGGGUCCCCGRAUCCCAUCCCCAUGUGGUGGUGGUGGCUAUGAACAGGGUUCGAAAACGGAACGCCAUUUCGGCAGCCAUGUGGCGCGAGAUCGGGGAGGUGUUUUCUGCCCUCGGUCGAACGGGGGACGACUGCCGGGCGAUCGUUUUGACGGGCGCGGGCACCAAGGCCUUCACCGCCGGAAUCGACGUCACAGACGAAGCCUUUGGCCUCGCCGACCAGAGCGGCGGUGCCUCGACCCACGACGUGGCCCGGCAGGGGCUUCGCUUCUACCCCCAGAUCCUCGAGAUGCAGAGAUGCUUCACGGCCGUUGAGGAAUGCCCCGUUCCGGUGAUCGCCGCGAUCCAGGGGAGCUGCAUCGGGGCCGGGGUGGAUCUUGCAUCCGCUUGCGACAUUCGCAUAUGCUCCGAGACGGCCAGGUUUUCCGUUCGGGAAGUAAAGAUCGGAUUGGCGGCCGACGUGGGGACGCUGCAGCGAUUCCCAAAGAUCACGGGGAACGAUUCUCGUGUUCGAGAGCUUUGCCUCACCGGGGAGAUCUUUUCGGCCGGRGAAGCCCUGAGAAUAGGAUUUGUGUCGAGGAUCAGCAAACGGCUCAUGGAAGAUGCGUUGGGACUGGCCGAGACCAUUGCGAGAAAUUCACCCGUCGCGGUCGUAGGGACGAAACGAUCUCUGGUGUACAGCAGGGAUCACACCGUCGCCGAUGGUUUGGUGCACAUUGCGACGCACAACACAUCCGCUCUCAUGACCGGGGAUAUUCCAGCGUCCUUUAUGGCAGCAAGCCAAAAGAAGGAUGYKGUAUUUCCAAACAUACCAAAGCUAAGCAAGCUGUAGAGAAUUCGAGCAUAAUACUUUUAACAUCUUUUCCUAGCUCGACUUAUCUGCAUCWUAGCCUAGAUUGGACAAUCUAUUUGGUCACAGAAGUUCACUCUGAGCAAACAAACCAGGUACCUCAAGAGCAGCUCGGGCAUCGGACAUCUCCACGGGACUGUUUUCCUUCGCGUCUUCGGGCUUGUCGGGGUACAACAACUGUAAUGCUGGUGUGAUCUUGGAUGCUACAGGAAUAUUGGAAGCUGUGAUGGCCAUGAAAUCAAAAGCGUGGAUUACGUUCAUAUCGUGCGACGAAGACAGCGAAGAAUCUACGUCCGUGCAAGCAGGAACUUCUUUGGUUUGUGCAUCAUCGGCAUCGGCAAGAACAGGGAUCUUGGGAUAGCGCUGCGAGAAAUGGGUCAGUAUGAUCGUCUUGGCAUUCAUAUCUUUCGCCACAGUCAGGGCUUCCCCCACAGUGCAAUGUCGCUUUACAACGGCAUCUGCCUCCAUUCCGUCGGCAAAGGUCGCCUCAUGAAUUAGAAGAUCCGCACCGUACGCAAUCCUGGAAAAGUUCCUACUAGGACGACAGUCUCCACUAUAUGCCAAGGACCCAAAGGAUGUACCGCGAAAGACCACUGCAAAUGAGUUGGCACAAUGAGCUACGGGAAUUGCCGUACAGGAAACAAUUCCCAAGUCUUGGUCUAGCUUUUGCAACGCGGCGGCAUUGUGAUUUACAUCCCCAUGAAAGUUACCACCGCUUUCCGUUUUGAGAUCCUGGCAAUCCAGAAAGAUAUAGCUAUCCGCAAUCCGCGACUCCACCGAUUCGUAUUCUCGCAAAAAACCCAAAAUAUUUCGAGGAGCAAUCAGCACCAAGGGAUCGUGGUCCGAGACAAGGCGUUGCCUUUCUUCUAGCAAACGAAUGAUUCCCAAGUGAUGAUCUGCAUGAGGGUGCGAUAUCCACACCGCCUUGAUACCUUUUACGACGUUUGAUAGGCUUUCUUCUCUCUGUUUCGCUCGCAAUAGUUGUCCUAUCGUUCCCUCCCCAACGUCUAGCAACAUUGCAUUGCCAUUGUCCAUGCGUACGUAUAUUCCAGAAACAUUUCGAUGUUUGCACGGGAUGGCAGACCCAGUACCAGUAAAUAAAAUUUCUCCGGCGAU